GUACAUGGAAGUGUGUUUUGUUAGUGUUUGAGUGGUGAAAUGGUUGAUCAAGAAUGGUAUAGUUCAAAAAGUGGAGUGUUGGGGGUGGCAACCUGCUUGGUUUGGACAUGGAUGAUUAUCCAUAGAUGGAACCAAAGGAAGAACACAGGCCCCAAGACAUGGCCACUCCUAGGAGCCGCAUUGGAGCAGCUCCUGAACUACCAUAGAAUGCAUGAUUGGCUUCUUGGUUACCUUAAUCUCUCCAAAACUGUUGUGGUUCCUAUGCCUUUCACUACUUAUACUUACAUUGCUGACCCUGCCAAUGUUCAGCACAUUCUCAAGACCAACUUCCCCAACUACCCUAAGGGCGACGCCUACCAUUCCUACAUGGAAGUGCUUCUUGGAGAUGGGAUCUUCAAUGUGGAUGGAGAGCUUUGGAGGAAACAAAGGAAGACUGCUAGCUUCGAGUUUGCUUCUAAGAAUUUGAGGGAUUUCAGUGCCUUGGUUUUUAGAGAGUAUAGCCUCAAGCUCUCGGAUAUUUUGACACGGGCUUCUUUGCAUAACCAGCAAGUUGACGUGCAGGAAUUGCUGAUGAGAAUGACUUUGGACUCCAUAUGCAAGGUGGGAUUCGGGGUUGAAAUUGGAUCAUUGGCUCCAAAUUUGCCAGAAAAUGGGUUCGCUAAGGCCUUUGACACAGCCAACAUGAUUGUCACCCUUCGCUUCAUCGAUCCUUUCUGGAAGAUUAAAAGGUUUCUGAAUUUGGGGUCCGAAGCUCUUCUUCAGAAGUCCAUCAAAGUCAUCGACCACUUCACCUACUCUGUCAUUGCCACAAGGAAAAAAGAGAUCCAACAAGCUCCAACCACACCCAAUAAGAUAAAACAUGACAUAUUGUCGAGAUUUAUCGAGUUAGGGGAAGAUCCAAACAACAAUUUCACGAACAAAAGCUUAAGAGAUGUCGUUCUAAACUUCGUGAUUGCUGGACGUGACACAACAGCUGCAACUCUUUCAUGGGCUAUUUAUAUGGUAAUGACUCAUAGCCAUGUAGCUGACAGAGUUUACUCAGAGCUCAAGAGCUUUGAAGAAGAGAGAGCCAAAGAAGAGAGAAUUUCAUUGCUUCACCAUCAUCCAUCUGAUAUCCAAUCCUUUGAGAGAAGAGUAACGCAGUUUGCAGAGCUUCUUAAUUAUGAUUCUCUUAAUAGAUUACAUUAUUUGCAUGCUAUGAUCACUGAGACGCUACGCCUAUACCCUGCAGUCCCUCAGGAUCCGAAGGGGGUUUUGGAGGAUGAUGUAUUGCCUGAUGGGACGAAGGUAAGAGCUGGAGGGAUGGUGACAUAUGUUCCCUACUCAAUGGGAAGAAUGGAAUACAAUUGGGGUUCUGAUGCAACUUCUUUUAACCCUCAAAGAUGGCUCAAACAAGGCGUUUUUCAUAACGAAUCCCCAUUCAAAUUCACAGCGUUUCAGGCAGGACCAAGGAUCUGCAUGGGGAAAGACUCGGCAUAUCUACAGAUGAAAAUGGCGCUUGCCAUUUUGUGCAGAUUCUACAAAUUUAGUUUGGUGAGUGGGCAUGAAGUGAGCUACAGAAUGAUGACUAUUCUGUCCAUGGCCAAUGGCUUGAAAGUUACCGUAGCUCGACGCUCUUAAAAUUGCUCUCUUUAAUCAACUAUCAACCAAAAGCAUGUAAUAAAAUUACUCUUUGUUGAACUUGGGGCACCACUUGAUUGGUUGUUGGAUCUUGUUAAGUUUUUUGUGUAUAGGGCAUCUCGACCUCGAGAGUGCACCUUAGAUGAGUUUUUGAAAGCUUGUCUUCUGC